AUGACAUCGCCUAACUCGACUCAAACAUCACCAGACUCUGAAGCGACUGCACCGCCCGCGACGAGAUUGGACCUCUCGGACCUACCUCCCAUUUACGUACUGCCUGUUCAUAUGGAUGAGACUGCACUUUACGAUAUCGAGAGCAAAUUUUUGCAAUAUGGCGCCACCUUGACCUACGAUAUCAAAGAAACACGACUUGCAUUCGCUAACUUAGAGAAGAAAGUUCGCGCUAAACUGGAGUUGAGAUGGCUUCAGCUUUGGACUGAGGAAACCGUCUCUCAGCCAGCUGCAACAGAAAUCGACGAUACGGUUCAUACUGUACAGCCUCUAGCCAAGCGUAGACGACUCGAUGACGGAUUGGUCGUUGCUGAAGUUGACCCAAACGACGGCCACUCCACUACUGACAAUGAGUCUACUGUUAGCGAUACCCACUUUGGGAUGGAAAGCAUCUUGCCUCAUGAUGAUUCCUCUAUACCCAGUCUGUCAGUACCUCCUGCGCUUGAGUUGGUGGACAUGUGUACGUUCCCUAUGAACACAAUCACGGUCAUAAAGUUGAAUUGGCUCGAGGAUUGCAUUACUGCACAAAAAUUAUUAUCACUUCGAGAAUACAUGAUAUACCAAGGCAGGCCUGUACAAGCACCACAGGUUGUCAAGCGGGCGAAUGCUGAUGCUGGAGGACAUACACCGCAAGUUCCUACACUGCCUGAACGUCGCGGCUUUGGGACACGGCAUGCGAUGUCUGAUAAGAGGAUUCACCAUCAGACAAGCCAGCUUCCCCUGGAAACUACAGCAGAGCAUGAAGGCGGUGAAAGCGACAUACCCAUGGAGCCAGAUUGGGUCAAGAGCGGUCUGCGAUAUGCUUGUCAACGUGUUACGCCCCCUAAUCCACCAAACCAAGCAUUCAUAGAAGUGUUGAAACAAAUUCGGCUUGAACGAAUUCUUAUUAUGGAUGAGAUUGGUGUCCGCGCAUACUCGACUAGUAUUGCUGCGGUAGCUGCAUACCCAUAUGAGAUUACGACUCCUCGUGAAAUAACACGGCUGCCGGGCUGUGAGACAAAACUGGCAAACAUCUGGGUCGAAUGGAAAAACACGGGCAGGGUCCAGGAGGCAGAGAGAAUGUCCACUGAUGAGCAUUUGGUCAAGCUUAAUUUAUUCUACAACAUCUGGGGCGUUGGCGCGCAGACGGCACAUCAAUUUUACUAUGACCGGUGCUGGCAGGAUCUGGACGAUGUGAUCGACUACGGCUGGAAGGAUUUGCAUCGAGUGCAGCAGAUUGGUGUCAAGUACUAUGACGAGUUUCUGGACCCGAUUCCAAGGUCUGAAGUUGAGUCUAUAGUGUCAGUGAUACGAACGCAUGCGAUCAAAGUCCGCGAUCCUGGGAUUGAAGUCGUUAUUGUGGGAGGAUAUCGGCGAGGAAAAUCCGCAAGUGGCGACGUGGAUGUCAUUGUUUCGCACCGCUCCCUCAAGGCCACGCAAGGUCUUGCAAGGGACAUUGUGCUCAGCUUAGAAAGAGAAGAAUGGAUUACGCACACGCUGAUCCACAGCGAGAACAACAGCCUACGAGAACAGUCAACUCUACCAUUCAAAGCGAGUGGUGCUGGCGGCGGGCAUGGUUUUGAUUCUCUGGACAAAGCACUUGUCGUUUGGCAACAUCCUCAAUGGUCUACAAAGGCAGAAGACCUGGAAGCCAAUCCAGGGAAUGUCAGGAAUCCAAACAUACAUCGACGAGUGGAUAUCAUUAUCUCGCCAUGGAGGACGGUGGGCUGCGCCAUCAUGGGCUGGAGCGGGGGCACCACGUUCCAAAGGGAUGUAAGACGGUACGCCAAGAAUGUGAAAAACUGGAAAUUCGAUAGCAGUGGUGUUAGAGACCGCGGCAGUGGGCUACUGGUACCACUCGAAGGACCGGAGGGAGUCAGCGGGAGCUGGCAGGACGCCGAACGAAAGGUGUUUGAGGGACUGGGACUCGAGUACCGAGAGCCAUGGGAGAGGUGCACGAAUUAA